CACGCUGCUCACGCAACGACCGUUCUCUCACCGUUAUUAGCGAAUGCGUUUAAAAGCUUGGCUGAGACGAGCUCCUUGCAUCACUUUCCCCUGGUACCGCUUUUCAUGAGCACCAGCCAAAAAAUAGGAGUAUUUCAGUUAACCAAAUAUGAACAGUUUGUUGAGCAAGGGCAGUCAUGUUCUCGAUGUGCUGAUAAACUGAGGAGAACUGGGGGCGUGACUUUCCAAAUGCUUGCUUACAUUUGGUAGAUUCCAGCAUGUUUUUUCUGCACGUCUGCUUUCGUUUGUUAUUGUUUUGAUUCUCUCACCGUCUCAAGCGCAUACCAAUGUAUGAGAAAGUAUGGAAUAUUGGACUAUUCCGAAUUGUGAUUUGAUGAGCGUGGUCCAAACUGGCUAAUCCCAUUUCCUUAUCCGGGAAUCGCGAAGACCGCUUGGACUCUCAUUGGCUAACGAUGUCACAUGGACUCUUAACUUUGUUCACUUGACAGAAAGUAGGAGGGUUCUACGAAACAGGAAAACGACUAAAGGGAUACAUAUAAAUUUUAGUAUAUUUUGUGUGCAAUUCAAAGAAAUUAAUGGCCAUGAGUUCCUAUUUGAUCAACUCCAACUAUGUGGACCCAAAAUUUCCACCCUGCGAGGAAUACUCCCAGAGCGACUACCUACCCAGUCACUCUCCGGACUAUUACAGCGCCCAGAGGCAAGACCCCUCGUUUCAGCAUGAGUCGAUCUACCACCAGCGGUCGGUCUGCGCCGACCCACCCUAUUCGUCGUGCUUGGGUCCGGGACAGCCGGCCGGAGCGAUCUCACCGCGAGGUCACGUACUACCCACAGCCGCACUCUCGACCCCUCUCCCAGAACCAAGCCACCACUGCGACUCGGUGACUCCAAGCCCUCCGCCUGCCUGUGGUCAAACUCCCACUAGCCAAAACACUACCUCGGACAUCUCAAGAAAAGAUCCCGUGGUAUACCCCUGGAUGAAAAAAGUCCACGUAAACAUCGUAAACCCGAACUAUUCAGGGGGUGAACCCAAGCGCUCACGCACAGCCUACACGCGACAGCAAGUCCUGGAGCUGGAGAAAGAGUUCCAUUAUAAUCGCUAUCUGACCCGCAGACGGAGGGUGGAGAUUGCCCAUACACUAUGCCUAUCCGAACGGCAGAUUAAGAUUUGGUUUCAGAACCGGCGUAUGAAGUGGAAGAAGGACCAUAAGCUUCCUAACACGAAAAUACGCAGCAACUCUGCCAGCACGAAUGUAAGCGGCGGCCCGACACUGGGCAGCAGUCAGAACCGAUCUAGCGGACCCCCACCAAGUCUAUAGCCUUGCUCUGUGACCCAAAACACGCACAGUUUUAAAAUCUCAGUUUCUGGAGCAGACCGUGGAUGUCGCCGCGUUAUGUCUCCAUACUCUCCCCAAUGAACUCUCUUUAAUUGCAGGGAUGAAUUGAGAAGAAGUUAUGGGGAAAAGGUGAAAGAAAAUGUUCAUCUUUUAAAUACUAAACUGGGUGCAGACUCGAACUCAAAUGCUACUGUAGAUGGGCUGCCCUCCCAGUCUGGUUCCCAUUUUUACCCCUUACGCCUCUCCUGCUCACUCGACCCUUUUAUUAAAACAGAAGGCGGCAGAUAGUUUUGGUGAAGAUGGAUCCGCGGUUCAUCUUUAAUCACGCCAAACUCGGCCCCAUUUGUCAUGUUUACUCUGUGGUACAAAGGAUGAACCGUAGGCCUGCCCAUUACCUAGACAUCUAGCGUUGUGCUUAAUAAAUGAGUCGCUCUGUUUUGUCAAGAAGCAUUUUCUAAUUCCCUUUAUUCCCUUGGAUUCAACAUAACUAGCCCAAUGUUUUUUAAACUGAUAUGAAGUUUUGUAUUUUGUACCCAUUACAUUAUCCUGCGUUUACUGUUUGCAUUUCGAAUGCAAACCUUAUGGGACUGUAAGAGUUAUUGUGUGUGUGGUCCAUUUGUCGCUCAUUAAAAAUACAGGGACUCGUUUCACUCGCAACGUUUCAAAUGUCUGCCUAUUUAGCUCAUUUCAUUUUUAGUGCAGUAAAUGAAAUGGUUAGCUGUUAUUCAAAUUAAAUAUAAUAUAAAAGCUGAAUAAAGCUGGAUGGCUUGAAAUGCAUAACCAAAAUCGGUACAACGCAAAGCAUAUUAUUGAGAGCACUGCUAAGUACUAUUUGAAUUACCUCAGUUGUAUUUUUGUCUAGUUUUAUGAAGUAAUAAUUUUAAAUUCGUUUGACUUUAUAGCAAAUAUCUGCAAUAAGUAAACAGCAUUUGUUUGUAAGUUGAAAUGUAAUUUAAGAGUGGCCAGGGUUGUAUAGAGAAAAAGUGCGUAUAUUGCAUGAGUGCAUACAAUAUAUUUUUGUUUAUUUUUAUGGUGUCAAUAUCGUCUUCCUUUGUUUUAUUGUCUAUAGAUAUGCACACAUACCAUAAUUCGCUUUCUUUUUCUGUUCGUCUUUUUCUGUUUUCUCCUUGUCUCUUAUGUGCUAUGUUGAGUAAUAUUAUUUUUUUACAUUCCAAAUAUCAGUUUUCUUACUGAUGAAUUGUAAAUUUGCCCCUCUUAAAUGUUUGUACGUAUCUUCUUUCUGCUUAAACCCUUCACUGUUUACAUUUGUUACAUGUAAAUAGCUCUAGAAAUUUAAUAAA